AGCUAUUCCCUCUGCAUUCAAACUUUCUGGUUGGAAUAACUAAGCAAUCAGAUUGGAUUUAUACAGGAGACCUGCAGAUAUUUAGGUUUUCUGGUCAUUUUUGGUCAUCAUUUUGAUUACUGAUCUUUUCUGGUCAAAUAAAAUGUUCCACACGACUUCUCCAACCAUCUGAUGACUUCUACAAUAUUUGUUUCACAGCUUGUGAAUCUGGGUGAAGAACUUAACAUCAUAUAUGUUACAGAGACAUAUGUGAGGGGUGAUGAGCAGAGUAUAGAAGACAUUCCUACAGAUAACCGCCCAGAUGAUGGUACCAGGAACUUAGAGAAACAUCUGAUAUCUUCAGAUUUUGAAGUAGAUGAUUGUGGUAUCAUACAAGAUGUAUAUGAAGAGCAUGCUAACAUCCAAGAUAUACCCUCAUCCAAUCACAGCAACAAUGCAUUAUUUGAUCCUUUUAAACAGGUCCGAUCUUCUAAUUCAUCAUCUUCAGAAAAUAAAACGGCUCACGUAAAGGAGAAGCCAUUUUCAUGUUCAGAAUGUGGAAGAUGUUUCAGCUGUAAAUCAGCUCUUGUUAAACAUCAGAGAAUUCACACAGGGGAGAAGCCAUUUUCAUGUUUAGAAUGUGGAAAAUGUUUUAGCGAUAAAUCAGAUCUUUUUAAACAUCAGAGAAUUCACACAGGGGAGAAGCCAUUUUCAUGUUCUAAAUGUGGGAAAUGUUUUAACCGUAAAUCAGAUCUUGUUAUGCAUCAGAGAAUUCACACGGGUGACAAGCCAUUUUCUUGUUCAGAAUGUGGAAAACGUUUUAACCGUAAAUCAGAUCUUGCUGUACAUCAGAGAAUUCACACAGGAGAGAAGCCAUUUUCUUGUUCAGAAUGUGGAAAAUGUUUUCACCGUAAUUUAUCUCUUGUUCAACAUCAGAGAAUUCACACAGGGGAAUAUCCAUUUUCAUGUUCAGAAUGUGGGAAAUGUUUUCAUCACAAAUCAGCUCUUGUUUCACAUGAAAGAAUUCACACAGGGGAGAAGCCAUUUUCUUGUUCAGAAUGUGGGAACAGUUUUCUCCACAAAUCAGCUCUUGUUAUACAUCAGAGAGUUCACACAGGAGAGGAGCGGUUUUCAUGUUCAGAAUGUGGGAAAUGUUUUCUGAAGAAAUCGGCUUAUGUUCUGCAUCAGAGAAUUCACACAGGGGAGUAUCCAUUUUCAUGUUCAGAAUGUGGGAAAUGUUUUCACCACAAAUCAGCUCUUGUUUCUCAUCAGAGAAUUCACACAGUGGAGAAGCCAUUUUCAUGUUCAGAAUGUGGAAAAUGUUUCAAACACAAAUCAGCUCUUGUUACACAUCAGAGAAUUCACACAGGAGAGAAGCUAUUUUCAUGUUCAGAAUGUGGGCAAUGUUUUCAGAAGAAAUCAGCUCUUGUUAUACAUCAAAGAAGUUACACUGGAGAGGAGCCACUUUCAUGUUCAGAGUGUGGGAAAUGUUUUCAUGACAAAUCCUAUUUUCUAAUCCAUCAGAGAGUUCACAAAAGAGAGAAGGUAUUUUCAUGUUCAGAUUGUGGGAAAUGUUUUAACCGUAAUUCAGCUCUUGUUAUACAUCAGAGAAUUCACACAGGGGAGAAGCCAUAUUCAUGUCCAGAAUGUGGGAAAUCUUUUCACGACAAAUCACAUCUUGCUAAACAUCAGAAAAUUCACACUGGAGAGAAGCGUUUUUCAUGUUCAGAAUGUGGGAAAUGUUUUAGACAUAAAUCACAUUUUUCUAUACAUCAGAGAAUUCACACCGGCGAGAAGCCAUUUUCAUGUUCAGAAUGUGGGAAAUGUUUUAACAAUAAAUCGGCUCUUGCUACACAUCAGAGAAUUCACACAGGAGAGAAGCCAUUUUCAUGUACAGAAUGUGGGAAAUGUUUUCACCAGAAAACAAAUCUUAUUUCACAUCAGAGAAUUCACACAGAGGAGAAGCUAUUUUCAUGUUCAGAAUGUGGGAAGUGUUUUAAGCAUAAAUCAGCUCUUGUUAAACAUUGCAAUACUCACACAGGAGAGAAGCCAUCUUCAUUAUUAGCCCAUUAGUGCCCUCCCUUACAUGUUUUCAUGGUAGUCAGUGUCGCUAACUGGCUUUAUUCCAUCAGACGCUCCUUUUUACAGGGAAAUAAAACAGCAACUUGCUUUCAGUUACAAGAGGUAGCUGAGGGCUGGAACAAUGAUUGGGACCACUGUGAAGCUCCCCAACCACACAUGGUCUCCUGUAUUGAAUGAAUAUUGGUGAUCAAAGGACAGAUACAAUUAAGUCAGUGGUUUUUGUUUAACCCCUUAAUGACCGGAAAAUUUUCAAUUUAUUUGUUUUUGUUUUUUCAUUCACAUAGCCAUACGAGUCCCAUAGCCAGGACAAGAUGCACUUUCUAAUGGCAUUUAUGGUUGCCAAUGUAUUCGGAAGCAGGAAAAGAAUUCCAAAUGGGAUAAAAAAAUAUAUAUAUUAGGGCUGCAGCUAUCGAUUAUUUUAGUAAUCAAGUAAUCUACCGAUUAAUCCAACAAUUAAUCGAGUACUCUAAUAAAGAAAAACAAAUUAAAAGAACAUUUCUAUAAAAACUCAUCGCCCCCCAGUGCCAUCAGCUCACCCUCCUUUGUGCUAUCAGCUCCCCCUCCAGUGCCAUUAGUUCCUCCCCCAGUGCCCUCUGCUCCUCCCCAGUGUCAUCAGUUGCUCUCCCCUAGUUCCCCCUCCAAUA